AUGCUCCUCGAGGACCGCAUCGGCCUCAUCGAUGCGGCGAUUGGCAUAAAUAAGGCGGACUUGAAUGAGCACACCCUCGUCACGAAUCUAGUCCUGCUUCAGGAUCACGUGGACGAGUUCCCAGCUUCGUUGAGCGUCCGCUUGACCGAGCACCUUGUCAAGUUCAGGGUUCUGAGGGUCUUUGCGUUGGCUGACCGGUCAGAACGGCUGACUGCCAUCGAUUCCUUGGUGGGCACGCUGGAGCUGUGGGAAUUUGCGGGCAACAAUGUGCCAAAGCUGCUGGAUCGCACAAACCCAUCCUUCUUGCCAGUCAUUGCCCUCCUCAAAAGCACGAACGCUAGUGCCGGUGGCUUGCUUGAGGAGGAUGACUUGUUUGGAGGGCUUGCGCCUCCGGACGAAUCGAGCGAGAAACCUGACGCUGAGCAGCCGCCGAAGCCGGCGUCGCCGCAAGAGGAUGCGAAGGCAGGUCAUCAACAGGCGUCCCAGUUGCGGCAGGCGCUGGCAACCGCUGUGGGCGAGUUCCUUUCGAGUGACAUCUUCCUGGACUUGGUGCACAACGUCGCCGAUGAUGAGAAGCGGGCCUCGCUUGAGCGGCUUGUUGGCGGUGUCUUGAGCUUGUGGACGGCGGGCGGCAAUGCUGCUACUGGCUUUUUCGACCAAGACGAGCUGGGCAAGACCAUGAAAUUGUCCUACAUGCAGUUCUUGCAGGUCUGCAAAUGCCUGGCCCACCUACUGCGUGUGCCGGCCCCGGCCAGCUUGGGCUUGAGCUCACGUGAAGUUACGGCGAUCACUGUGCAGAAGGCCCCAGACACAUUCACAAGAGUGAUCAAGAGUUUGUUGACAGCACCUGAGCCUGAUUCGGUGGACAGAAACGUGGUCAAGGCUGCCUCCCGUGAGUUCUGGUGCAAGGAGGUGAGCGAUGUCAUCAGGACUGCGGCUACUGACGGGGAAAGCAAAGUGCAUUGCGAGAAGUACUUGUCCGAGUUGCAGGCUCUUGCGGAGGCUCCGGCUUUGUUGUCUCCGGGCUGCGCUGGAAAUUUGGAAGCCAUCCUGUCGCAUCUCCCCAAGCUCAAGAAGGCGAUGCGCAGGGGCGCGGUGGACAGCCUUGAGGAUGCUUUGCGCAGUCGUGUCAUCCAGCUUGGAGAAGGCAUGCUCAGCUCAGAUUCUGCGCCCAUUUCCUCUACCGACCUGAGCACUGUGCUCAAUGGUCUAAAGAGUUUCGGCGCAGAGAACCGCUGCGCGGAUUUGCACGUGAAGUUGAUGAACUGGGCCACCAGACACAAUUCUUCGAUGGCGCUGGGGGACUUUGUCACAUUCCUUGACGGUUACAUGGAUUCCGUCUCCAAGCAAUCGUACCCAGAGGUGAUUGCGGUGGACGCGGCUCACGUGAAGGCGGUGCUUGCGCGGCUUACCUUGCCUUUGCCCGGUCAUGUGCUGGAGCGGCUGCACGUGGUCGCGGCGCACUUGCUGAGGCGCGCUGCCCUGCAGGUGCAGCUUUCCUCGGAGGUUUCGACAGCGUUGACCGGCUUGGUGGCAGUGCUGAAGGGCCUGGAGAAAAUUGCCGCGCCCAUGCAGCACAUGAACUACUUCGUGGAUGGAACGGAGAUGCUCAAGGUAGUGGUUACGUUCAAGCUCCAGCUGAGCAAGCUUGACUUGAGCGACGGCUUCAAAAACGACGUCAAGCACUCGAUGCUCUUCCAGCUGUGCUCCUUCCGCAAGGCUUUCACUGAGGUAACCUCCAAGCUGAACACUUACAUUGGCACUCACGCAGGCCAGAAUGCUGAUGAGGAGGAUCCCCCGAUCCUGCAGGUCUGUGCUGACCUUGCUGCUCCCUUGCGGCCCAUGAUGGAGCCAGAGGAACUCAUAGAUGCCAUCCGGAAGCAAUGCGCCCAGCACAAGCUGGCUCUCCAGAGUCUGAUGGCUGGCGUGGAGUCCGCGUCUGGCCAGUACUACGGAGGUGAGACUUCGUGGAAAGCAAAGCUUUCAGCAGACGCAAGCCUGACUGACGUGAUUCAGCACGCGAACGCAACCCUUGGCAAAAUAGUGGGCAAGGUGCUGAAGAAGCAGCUAGGUGAUUUCAGCAAAGACCCUUGGCUGUAUCUUGUCUCGGGUUGGGUUUAG